AUGGACUCCCCACGCCGUCCUCGGAACCCUGCCGCCUGCCGCCGCUGCCAGCGCCGGAAAAUCCGCUGCAACGGAGCCCUGCCUCGAUGCGGGUCAUGCGCAAAGGCCAAUGCCACUUGCAUAAAUGAUGGCAAGCAGGAAGUCAGCCGCUCAUACAUUGCCAAUCUCCAGCAAAGAAUACAAGAGCUAGAGUCAUUGGUAAACGAACAGGGUUCAACCACCCAGCUCGAAAAUAAUCCCCAAUUAAACGAUUUUUCCCAUAUUGGAAUCGCAGUGGAUGGAGUCAAUCAACAUGACGAGACCGCAGUUUAUAAUUCUACAAAUCGUCGAUCACCAAGUCCACAGCAAAGUAAUGCACAACCAUCCCGGACAAGCUCUAGACAAGCCCAUGAAAUUGGCCUAGUAUCUCUUUCUGCUGGAGGUGAACCCAGAUACAUUGGCCCUUCAAGUGGAUACUUUCUCGCAAACCUCGUCUUCUCCAGUGCUGGGCGUCGAACACGUCCACAAAGGAACAGAGGCAAUGUUAAUGAGCCAAUUUCCUUGUCAGCGGAGCUAUUUAACAGCCCAGCAUCAUUGCCUACCCACAAGGAAGACGCCAUCGAAUUAACCUCGAAAUAUUUUGCUACUGUUCAUCUCAUCUACCCAUUUCUGCAUGAGCCAUCUCACAUGCAGCGGCUGGAGGAGAUGUACUCAAUCGGGGCAAUUGCCCCCGACCCUUCGAUGGCGUUUCAUGUGUAUAUGGUGCUUGCAAUAGCAGCGUCGGAUCUAUCUCGGCGUUUCAAGAUCCGUCUUCCCGCCGAGGGAUAUUAUACAGCCGCGACACAGUUCUUUGAUCAGGCAUAUGCUGAAGGUACAUUGGAAGGACUCCAGAGUUUGCUGCUUCUUAUGGUCUAUGCUCUACACAAUCCGUCCUGCGGGGUCAAUAUAUGGAGUCUCAAUUAUCAAUGUCUGGGGUCACUAAUUGAUCUGGGCUUGCAACGCGAUGUCCGUGCAUCUUCGACGUUCCCCAUAUCCUUCCUACAGCAGGAGAUGAGAACCCGGAUCUUUUGGGUAGUGUAUACGCUAGACCGAACACUUGGAACAAUGAUGGGACGGCCCAUAGGUGUCCGGGAUGAAGCAUGUGAGCUCCGGUUCCCAUCAGACAUUUCAGACAGCUGUCUCACAGAGACAGUGGCUCGAGAGAGGACAAACGACAGCCCACCCUCACACAUGACCUACUCCAUUCACCUCUUCAAAUUAGCGCGCAUGAAUUCCGAGAUCAAGUAUAUUAUGCACAGCAUCUCCAGAGACGUUCCGCGUUAUGCAUUACCCCCAAUUCCAGACAUCCACCUCUGGCAAUCCGACAUGAUAAAGCAGCUCGAGUCAUGGCAUUCGGAAAUCCGUAGCUCAGCUGGCAUGGAGUCAAUCUCCAGGAUCUGUGAGACAAAGUACCACGAGAUGAUGAUUCUGGUUUUACGACCAAGCCCCGGCAUUCCAGACCCUUCGGAGGAGUCCCUGUCACUGUGCUUCACACAUGCAGUGGAGCUUGUUCGUGCCUUUGGUGAGCUCUACCGAGAAGAAGCACUUCUAUACAGCCGGCUCAUUGUGCACUCGCUCUUUCUGAGCACGUUGAUUAUACUUCAUACCCUGUGGCGAUUACCCCAGAUCGCCGCGCGGGUUCAGAUCGAUGAGGUUGUUGCCGAUACAGGGAUCAGUUUGAAUAUUCUCAGCAGUAUUGGAGAGUAUUGGACUGAAGCCAAAAGGGCGAGGGAUUGUAUUCACGAACUGACGGGAGUUACUAUCCAGCGCUUAGUCAAAGUGCGGAGUGCAGGGGCAUCGUCUGCUGCACCUUGCUCAAGCAGAACCUUUUCUUCGAAUACCAUGGCCGGUAGCAUCAGGCGGACACAAGAUAAGGAUGUGAUUUUGGACGAGACAAUUCAAGCUGAUUCUGGUAUGGGACCAAUGACUAGCUUGCUAGAUGGCGAAGACUUGAACACCGAAUCUACGAGCUGGUUGAAUGAUCUGAUGCCAGGAGGAUUUAUGAAUUUUACUGGAGCGCCGAAUUUUGAUAGUCUCAUGUGGGAAGUAUAUAGCGGCACACAAUAA